UCGAGUUUAUGCACAGGGUUUGCGAACCUUUGCUGCGGCCUACUUCCGUCUUCCGUACUUUGCUUCUUCCUAUUUUCUCGCAGCUUUGCAAAAAUGGAGACGACUGAUAUCGGCUCGAAAAGCGUGCCUCUCCAGAUAACAGAAGACGAAGCUGCUGUUUACGACAGACAGAUCCGGUUAUGGGGCCUCGAGGCCCAACAGAGAAUGCGCAAUGCGACAAUCCUCGUCCUCCGCCUCAAGGGCGUCGCGACCGAGACUAUCAAAAACAUCGUCCUUGCGGGCAUCGGCAAGCUCGUCGUCGUCGACACCGAGGAUGUCUCCGCGGAGGAUCUGAGUGCUGGGUUCUUCUACCGAGACGAGGACAUGGGUAAGAAGAGAGUAGACGCGGCAAAGUCCCACAUCGAGAGCCUGAACCCAUUGGUCACGGUAGAGACAUUGCAGGACCCUGCUUCGCUAGAAGAAGGCCUCGACGAGCUAAUCAAAGGUGUCGACUUGGUCUGCGUAACGGACUGGGACCGAGAGGGUUUGAUACGCACCAACGACAUCUGCCGGCGACAUUCGAAGCCAUUCUACGCAGGCGGCACAUUUGGCCUAUUAGGCUACAUUUUCUGCGACCUCCUGCAACACGACUACAUUUCACCGGACCGCUCUGCACCCGCAGGCAAGGAAGCCGUGCAGAAGAAUGUAAAACUCACGGCGGCGUAUGUUCCGCUGCGCGACGCGCUCGGGCACCGGUGGAAGGGUUUGACGCGCAAGCAGACGAAGGAGCUGAACCCUGCAGUCGUCUUCUCCGUCCUUGCGCUGUGGGAAUACCAGGCCAAGCAUGGCAGACAGCUCCCGGACGACGCCUCGACGGUUGCUGAGCUGGAGGGCAUUGCGACGUCCCUGCUGGUUAAUGCUGAAGUCAGCAAGCAAGCUCUCCCUGCCAUCCCCAGGGAACUGCUCGAGACAAUUUCGACCACGGCUGUACACGAACUUUCACCCGUAUGCGCCGUCGUGGGAGGCAUGCUUGCGCAGGACAUAUUAAAGGCUCUUGCCGCGCGCGAGCCGCCGAUAGCAAAUUUCUUUACCUUUGAUGGCAGCACUGGAGGAGGUACUGUUGCCCGCAUGAGCAUGCCCUAAGGCUCGGUAACUCUCUGAGGUCAUUAUGGUGAAAUUCAUUACGAAUGUUCUAUACUGCGCGCCAUGCGGGAAGUGUUCACAGGAC